CGCCCGUCUGCCGCCCGGGCCCGGUCCUCACCCCGAGCUGGCCGGCGCCAGGAGGACGGAGGACGAGGACGCCCGAACCCCUUGGCGCCCCCAGAGACGCGGCCCCAGCCCCAGUCCCGCUGCCAGAGACUCCCAGCGCGGGGGCGGGGUGGCGGCCCGGGCUGCCUGGCUCCUCCCUGGCGCCGUUACCUCGGUCCCUGGAUUCUGUCGCCUCCAAAGCCGGGGUCCCUGCAGCUUGUGAAGACGCGCGGAGGAUGCGGUUUCUAGAGAGGGCGCCAAAGGCGGCGCCCCGGCGGCCAGCUCCCGGCCGAGCCCAGUGCGUCGGCAGCACCCGGCCCCUUCACCCGGAGCGCGACACCGCUGCGCGAGGAUCCUGUCAGCGCGGACUCGACUCCCGGGCGCCGCCUAGAGGUCGGCCGCUGCCUCGGUCUCACCCGCCGGCGACCUCAGAGUUGCUUUUCCAGGGCUGGCUAGAAAUUGAGAACAAAACCCAAAAAUCCAGCUUAGGUCUCAGGAUCGCGGUUUCUGGAGGGGAUGUAAACCGUUUGAAGUUCAUCAACACGGUGAAGUUUUAUUGUAUUUCCGGUCCCCAAGAUUUAUACCCGGGAGGGGGAGCGGGAGGCCAGGCAGACUCGUUUGCUCCUUCGGACUUCCCCGCGGACACGUGGCCACUCGGACACUCGCCUUUGGGCCACGGCGGGAGGGAGCCGGCCGGACAGCGCCAGACCGCUCCUCUGCACCUUCCGACGACCGCUCUGCCCCGCGCCGCCACCGGAGCGCCCAGGGGACAACGGAGGACCCAGACGGAAUCUAGAAGGAAGAAGCAAAUUUGUAAUCUGCGCCCCAGAGACGCUCCCGGUUCACCUGUGAAGGGAUUCUUUCCUGGGACUGUCAGCCUAAGUGGAGCCGGCUGCGGUUUUUUCCAGACAGGAUGACCUCACUGCGGCUGUCCAGGCUCACAGCUCUCCCUCCAGUCUGGUCCAUUGGGCUCCCUGGUCUCCUGACACUUCUCACUCUCUGCUUUUCUGGCUGUCACAUUCUCAGCACUCUCCUCCACUCUCCUGUCUCCAGCCCAGUCUCAAAGCCCCACUUGGUGUGGGGCUUGAAGUUGUGGCCUCUCAGAGCUGUUCUGGGUGGCGGGGGGCACCUGGAGGUGAGUACAGACACACCUUGAUGGCAGUUUGAAGUUGAGAAAUCUUCUAUCUGUGGAAGUGUCCUGGGCUGUGGAAACAGGUGUAUCCUGAAGGCCCUGGCCAGGUCUGGGUCUGGGUCUAGGGCUCCUCCAUCCAGGGUUCCUGGAAGAGAACAAAACCUCCUGGAAUCUCAAUGGUCAGGACCAGGUCCAAGCCCAAAAUGGUUUUCUCUGGAGUCCUGUCUCCACUUCUUUGGGUAUGUUUAUGUUUACUAGCAACUGAAUUUUGUUGGGGGAAGAAUGAGAAGAUGAAGUUAGACAGCCAGGUGGAAGUUUGGGUAUGCCCCCUGGGCCCCUGGCCUGCAGCGUGCCUGGAUUUGCUGAGUGAAUCAGGGAGUCUCAUGUUGGGCCUGGAUUUCUGAACACAAGGACAUGAAACCACGGGACUCACAGCAGGCACUGGUCCUCACUUAGCUGGAGGAGUGGGGAGGGGUAGGGAAUUGGAGUCAGUGAAGAGGUUGGAGGGUCCUCAUCCAAGUGCAGCAAGUAUGUUCCCCAGGGAAGACGUCUGAAACGAUCUGGGAUCUGGAGUUUCUUAUACUCCUGUACUUUUGAAGUGUGCCUUUGGACAGAAAAGGGGGAUAAUAGCAUUCCACUCUCCAAAGGCACUUUGUUGGGCUGUUCCACAGAGUCCAAGGAUGCUGGUUGCAGCUUCAAGCUUCCUGCCUUGAGGUCUUGGGCUCCCAUCACACUUCCAAAGAAAGUCUCUCCAACUCGGCAAGUAUUCAACUUCAAGAGACACAGGUGGUCCCCGAGGUCUUUGGGGGACAGGGCUUCACCUUAACAGAAAACUUACUUACGGUUCUUGAAGAGUUUAGUAUGUCCCAUUCUGAAAGGGAAAUGUCAGAAUCCCUGGCAACUUCAACCUGCAUGCCCCCCACAUCUUCCCUAGGGUCUCCUGGUGGGACAGCAGUUGGCUCCUUCCCCACAAAGUGGCCAAGUCUUUCCCAUGGACCCUUGGGUUGGGCUUUGGAUUUACACUGGGUCCGAGGGUUCUCCCUGGGAGAGGGGCCUGACUUGCAGGCUAGUGGGGCGCCCAGGCUGCUGGGCAAUUUAGCCCAGACUGUUGGCGUGACAGGAGAUGGAGCAGGGGGUGGGGCAGGGCAAAGCUAUGAUACCCUCUUUGACCCCAGCCCUCCCCAGGCAGCUGGCUUUCUGCCCAGGAAAGGAAUAACUAGAAUCAUUGGUAGAAGGCUGGGGGCAGUCCAAAGCAUAAGCUAACUUUUGUUCCCAAACUUUUCCCCCUCCUUGGGGCAGAGGAAAUGUGAAAAGGGGCCCAGGAAAGAGGCCCCAGACCGGAUGGGGUCCGGCGCCAAGCUGACUUGGAGAAUGAGGGGAGGCCUCUGCUAGGGUGGCCCUGAGAAACCUAUUCCUGAAAGGGGGUGAUGUAGCCUUCAACCCCUCAUCCUGGUGAGCAAAGGCUAUUAUCACUGUCCCUUGAUGUUAUAUCCUCCUGCCUGGGUACAGCUGGUCUACAGUGUCCUGUCCUUACCUUGCUUCUCCUGGGCCUCCGGCAAGCCUGCCAGGUCACUGGCCUGACUGUCUUCUAUCCCUGGUGUUUCUUGAUCACCCCCUCCCAGGAACAGCGCAGUAAAAAGAAAAAAGGGGGGAUGUUAGAGAGAAAGGAGGAAAUAAAGUCUUUGGAAAGCAGAGAGUUUUACGACAGCCACAGGUUUUAUGGAAGCAAUUCCGUAACAACCUUCUACCUGCUCAGCUCCUUUCCGCCCAGCCUGCCGCCCACCCCGUUUGGCCUGCUGACUGCCCCCUCCCAAAGAGCCAGCCUCCCCCACAGCCUUCCAUAGCCCUGAUGGCUGAGAAUUGGUAAGAAGACUUCCGAGGGGUGCUUGGCGCUGACCUCCUGGUCCUUCCUUUCGCCCCUAACAUCCUCGGAGUGGAGUGGGAGUUUCGCAGAAGAUUUCGUUCCUUUACAAUUAAAAUCUCCAUGUGAAGGGUGUGGAAGCACAGAGGCUUGAAUCUAUGUGUGCAUAUUCGAUAUGGUCUCUCUCUGAAAUUGUUUUGUAUAAAGGGUGAAGGUUCUGGGGACCUUGAUUUCUUCCCCCUGGGACAAAUAUCCCCACACUUCAUUCUCUCCCUGAGU